AGCAACCUCGAGGUCGGAAAAGAACGCUGUUGGUUCCAUCUUCCAGCAUGAUCUCCCUGUACAUAUUCCCUGAUUCCCGUUCCCAGCUUGGAAGGCUCACUGCAGGAUCGCUUUGCCUCCUGCCCUCCUUGCUCGUUCUGCCCCUCUCUUUCGUCCCCUUCCACUCAACAGGUUCACCAAUCUAAUUACGCCAUGAACGGGAUAAAGCUUGCGCCCCACCGCCUCAGGGUCGUCGCUCCUCGUCUUUCCCUCCUCCGCCCCUCGUUCCUCUUUUCUGUGCCCAAGACUCUGAACUCUUUCCCUUACACCACUCCCCAAACAAACCCAAAACACAACUUCACCACCACAUCCAGCAAGAUGACUAUUCCCCAGCUUGACGGUCUUCAGAUCGAGGUCCAGCAGGAGGGUCAGGGCACCCGUGAGACCCGUCGCGGCGACAACGUUGACGUCCACUACAAGGGUGUCCUCACCAGCGGCAAGAAGUUCGACGCUAGCUACGACCGUGGCGAGCCUCUCAACUUCACCGUUGGCCAGGGCCAGGUCAUCAAGGGCUGGGAUGAGGGUCUCCUCGGCAUGAAGAUUGGCGAGAAGCGCAAGCUCACUAUCGCCCCUCACCUCGCCUACGGCAACCGCGCUGUCGGUGGCAUCAUCCCCGCCAACUCCACCCUCAUCUUCGAGACCGAGCUCGUCGGUAUCAAGGGUGUCCAGAAGGGCGAGUAAAUAUCAUUUUCGGCGUUAUGUCUCUUACCGGUGCUGACUCGCCCUGAGCGCUUCUCGAGUCGCGAUUGGGGCUGGAAAGAUACUAUUUGAGGGUCAUAUUUAGGGAGGAAACGUUCGCAUA